CCUAACCUCCUCGACCUGUCGACAAUACCCGCGCCCUCCGUCUUGACCGCGCAGCUCCGUCAAGAUGAAGCUCAACAUCUCUUACCCGGCCAAUGGGUCGCAGAAGAUCAUCGAGGUUGACGAUGAGCGCAAGCUCCGUCCCUUCAUGGAGAAGCGCAUGGGAACCGAAGUUGCCGGCGACUCCCUUGGUGAUGAGUUCAAGGGUUACCUUUUCAAGAUCACCGGUGGUAACGACAAGCAAGGUUUCCCCAUGAAGCAGGGUGUUCUCCUUCCCACCCGUACCCGUCUCCUCCUCGCCGAUGGCCACAGCUGCUACCGCCCCCGCCGCACCGGUGAGCGUAAGCGCAAGUCUGUCCGUGGUGCCAUCACCGGUUUCGAUCUCGCUGUUCUGGCCCUGAGCAUCGUCAAGCAGGGUGAGGGUGAGCUGCCCGGUCUCACCGACACUGUCGUCCCCAAGAGACUCGGCCCCAAGCGUGCCACCAAGAUCCGCCGUUUCUUCGGUCUCGACAAGAAGGACGACGUCCGCAAGUUCGUCAUCCGCCGUACCGUCACCAAGGAGGGCAAGCCCGAAUACACCAAGGCCCCCAAGAUCCAGCGUCUGGUUACCCCCCAGCGUCUCCAGCGCAAGCGUCACAGGAUUGCCAUCAAGCGCCGCCGCUCUGAGGCUGCUCGCGAGGCUGCUAACGACUACGCUAAGCUCCUUGCCAACCGUGUCCACGAGGAGAAGGCUAAGCGUGAUGAGCUCCGCAAGCGGAGGGCCUCUUCUAUGAGGAAGUAAAUGCAUCUUCUCCCGGGUUAAUGGUCGGGUUACGUCUCUCUUAUGGCUAGGGAAAAUUCUCAGCGGACGAGGAAAGGGGGCUAUCGAGGUGCAAAGCAGGGGUGUAACCCAAGAGAACAGAAUAUAUUCCUUGGGGGACAUGCGUCUGCGGGACCGAGGCUUUAGCGUGCUGCCUUUUUCUUUUUUAAAAAAGCCAUAUCCACAGCUGGAAUGAAAGGGAAAAAAUGUGAAAGAAGUUUUCUUGUUCUCGGAUCCACAUUGCACGGUAACAGGGUAACGGUUCCGCGGACUGCUAGCACUGCUUGAUAAAUGAAUGAAGCUCGAUGUUUUUUGUACUCACAACUGCAAAUCCUAGUUUGUUUUCUGUUACUUGAA